ACACGGAGUGCUGUGAAAUCAGAGGUGGAAUUCCAAUAACUCAGCCGGCGGACCCAGAAGAGGCCACAUUGCUUGGAGGAUUGUCUUCAUCUGUUCUUCAUUCUUCCUCCUUCACUGGAUCCAGAACACACAGAGUAGGAGGAAAAAUGAGGAAAGCAGCAGUACUUGUGUUCUUGCUCCUAAUUGCGGCUACGGAGGUGAGAGGUGCUGGAGAAACACUGAAGGGGUCUGGAGCUGAAACAAACAAGUUUGCAACCGCAAGAGGAGCCAACGGAUCUGCGACAAACGCCUCUCCUUCAGGUUUCCUGGGUAAACUGCUGGUGGUGCCCAUGGACGGGAGCCACUGGGUGGGUGUCAAAGCUAUAGCGCAGGAAAUGGGUCGCCGUGGGCACAAGGUCACUGUGGUGAUGCCUGAGAUCAGUGUGCGGAUGGGUCCUGGGAAACACUACGACACCAUCGCCUAUCCUGUUCCCUACGACAAGGCACACAUGGACUUUGUGAUGUCUUCACACAAAGACGCCUUAAAGAAAUCUGCACAACCUUUCAUUGAGAAGGUCAAGACACGAUUCAGUCAGAUGAAGAAGAUUGUAAAUUUCAUCCACAUCACUGCAGAGAGUCUGCUGUUCAACGCCAGCCUGGUCUCCCACCUGGCUCAGCAGGGUUUUGAUGCUGUCUUGACAGACCCCAUGGUACCAACAGGCUCAUUACUAGCUCGGAAAUUAGGUCUUCCUACCAUUAAUCUGCUGAGGGGGACUCCAUGUUCCAUUGAUAUGAAAGCUUCCGGCUGCCCCUCUCCUCCCUCAUUUGUGCCUCGGUUUUUUACUGGAUACUCGGACAGAAUGAACUUCAAGGAGCGAGUCAUCAACACUUUGGUGAGCUCUUCUUCUGACACCCAGGUAGCUGUUCUGGAGCCUUUGCUCUGCCGCCUGAUCUACUGGCAUUUUGAUCACAUAGCCCACGAGUUCCUGGGAGAGGAGGUGAGCGUGGCAGAAGUGCUGACAGACUCUGACAUCUGGCUUCUCAGGAUCGACUUCACUCUGGAGCCGCCCCGUCCCCUCAUGCCUAAUAUGGUGCUGGUUGGUGGAAUUAACUGCAACGUGAGAAACCCUCUUCCUGAUGAACUGCAGGACUGGAUCUCUGGGCAGCAUGGGUUUAUAGUGUUCACCCUGGGCUCCAUGGUGUCAGAUCUACCAGAAGAGAUCACCUCCGUCUUCAUCGAGGCCUUCAGGCAGAUUCCUCAGAAGGUAAUCUGGAGGUACACCGGCCAAGUUCCUGAGGAUAUCCCAGAUAAUGUGAAGAUGAUGAAAUGGGUGCCUCAGAAUGACCUCCUGGCACACCACGGAGUCCGAGCCUUCAUCACUCACGCCGGCUCUCACGGUGUGUUUGAGGGUUUGUGCCAUGCCGUUCCCAUGGUGAUGGUGCCCCUUAGUGGCGACCAGCCUGACAAUGCCCAGAGGAUGGCAAACAGGGGAGCGGGAGUCAUAUUGGAUAUAACUUCUCUGACUGCAGAAAGCCUCCUGCAGGGACUGAACGAGGUCAUCAACAACACCAGGUACAAAGAGGUUGUUCAGAAGCUGUCGGCUGUUCACAACGAUCGCCCGUUUGAUCCGGUCGAUCUGUCGGUGUACUGGACAGAAUUUGUGAUGAAACAUAAAGGAGCAAAGCACCUAAAAGCUGCUUUCCGUGACCUCAACUGGUUCCAGUACUUCUCUCUGGAUGUAAUAGCGCUGCUAGCUGUGCUGGUUCUGUCCCACGUGUUUCUAACAGUGAAAUGUGUGAAACUAUGUUUGCAGAAACUGAGCAAGAAAAGGAAACGGGACUAGGAGGAUGACGAUUCCUCAUCUAUUUGUUAAAUAAAUAAAUAAUUAAAGCAUCAUCA